GAUUUAGUUCCAGGUUGCUCCACCAGAACCUUUAAUAUCAAUAUGACAUGUGAUAGUAAUACAGAGUUUUUUUCCGAUGAAAAUUUAAAUAACGAAUCACCAAUUUGUGUAUAUAACGCCAACGUUGUCACCAAAUAUGCAUGUAAAACUUGUUCUCAUUUAAAUGAUUGCAAUGAACAUGGUGUCUGUAAUCCAGGUGCUGGUAAAUGUUGUGAAUGUGAUACUCAAACCAAUGGUGAUCAAUGCCAAAAAUCAAGAUUAUAUAUUGGCUCAGUAGAAUCCACAACUGUUAAUGGUGGUACUGUAUAUUUAUAUGGCUAUUUUGGUACUAUUACCCCUCAAUUCAAUGUCACCAUUGGCAAAUUAGAUUGUAAUAAUGUUCACAGUUACAAUGACUCAGUUAUCAGCUGUCAAGUUGGUGCAGGUACUGGAUUCCAAAGCGUAACCAUUAACGACAAAGAUUUAACAGCAUAUGGUAAAGAUUUAUUCAAAUACAUUAAGCUCAGCUUUGACUGUCCAAACAACUGUUCAAAUAAUGGUGAAUGUGACACCAAAAUAGGUUCAUGCAAUUGCAGCGAUGCAUAUACAGGUUUUGAUUGCAGUUCUAAAAUCAACAAAGAUAAACCAUCUAUUCCUAAAAUUGACUUAAAGACUGGUGCUUCAUCAAUUUCAAACGAAAAAUUAAAUUAUCAACUUAAUAUUAUUUCAUUGGUCGAGGUUUCGGUUGAUGGUAGUAUUGUCAAAGAACAUCCAUUAAACAACACCGAAAAUAUUAUAGCAUCAAUUAUCGAGGAAGGUGAUGGAUUAACUAAAGGUACCAUAGCAUUGUUUUCACAAUAUAUUUCAAGUGUAAAUUGUACAGUAGAAUACACAAUCGAAGAAAUAAUUGGAGGAAAAAAGAAAGAUUUCGAGUUUGCAGGUAUUACAUUCUCAGUGGAUUCUGGUUCAUUAAAAACAGGUAUUUCAAUAAAAAACUAUCAAUAUGAAAGUGUUUUAAAUACACUUCAAUUAAGAAUUAAAUCAAAUUACGAAAAGGAAUCACUUUCAAAUGAUUGUAACUCUGAAGAAUUAAAAGUAACAGACCAAUUAGAUAAUGAUUCAAAUUUUAACUAUUUACAGGUUUCAAAAGAUUCUAAAAAUGUAGUCUCAAGAUUCAUUGGUAGAUUAAUUUCAGAUGGAAGGGUAACACCAACUAGAACAUCAGUUGUAUCAACAAAUAAUGAAACUUUAGAAUUAAUUAUAGGUUUAAAUUUACCACAUUGUGUUGAUUCAUGUAUAUUAGAUCCAGAUUUUGGAAUGCUUGUAUCAGGAACUUAUAAAGAUAAAUGUGGAUCGAAAUCAAAUUAUAAAAUAAUUACAGUAGCUGUGGUUGUUCCAUGUGUUGCUAUUGCUGCAAUAGUUGUUGUUGUUGCAGUUCUUUAUAAAAAACAUUACCUUCGUUUUAAGUUAUUCAAAAAUAGUAUUACCAACAAACCCAGAGAAAGAAGAAGUUUCCAUUUAUAA